AUGCCCGGCAGGAAGCGAGCUGCCGCCGACGACGGAGACUCGUCUGAAGACGAGAUCAAUGUGGACCAGGUGAUCAGAACCAAGGUCGAGCUUGGCAAGAUUCGCAAGGACCGUGAGAAGAAGCGAGCUCAGAUAAAGGCAGACCUGGACAAGAAGCUUGACGGCCUGCGCGUCCGCGUCGAGCGGAGCGUCACGGCUCAUACCAAGCAACUCGGCAACGUCCACAAGCAGCAGGUGGAUCAGCUCCUUCAGGCCAUCGAGGCGAGGGACAAUAUCUUGCAGGACAUCGGCGAGAAGCUGUCUGAGAUGCAGGACAAGGGUUUCAACCUUGCCACACAUCUUGACCAGGCCUAUGAGUACAGGAUGAAGAAGCUUGAGCGCCUCGCCAUGCCUGUGAAGGACCAGCGGGUCCGUGGCAAUGACAGGACCAAGUCGGACGCUGCCUGA